UCUUGAGGCUGCGAGCUCCUGGCCAUGAGCAGAUCAACGAGUUUCCUCCAGUUCACUCAUAGAGUUUUAUUAAUAUGAGUUCACUCAACAACACAUGUGAUUCACUUGAUAAAAAAAGAGAUCAACUUUUACAUCAAUCUGACAAGGAAAUCAGUCGGGUUACUGACCGAAUGUGAUUCUAUCUAUUCUCAGCUGUUGAUUCGAAUGCGUCGCACACGGGGCUAAAUAUCGAUUUGUUAUUAUUGCAUAAAUUGUAAUAAAGUUAAUCGUAAGUAAAGACGAUGAAGUUGCCGGCCGAUGUUGCUAAAACAAUCUUGGCGGAGGGUCGUCUCGGCCCGAAAGAUCUCCUUCCUCCAUAUCCGGAUGGGACAAAGGUCGAUUUCAAUUUCAAAACUUGUAUCGUCACUGAUGAAGGGGUGGAUGUGGAGGGCCCCGCACUGGACGAUACCCGGUGUAUGGCACAGCCCAUGACUCUAAUUAUUGGGAAACAGUUCAAAAUGCCAGUUUGGGAAUUAAUGGUUCACACCAUGAUUCCGGGUCAGGUGGCGAGAUUUGUCGUUCCGAAACAUUACGUCACCUCGUACCCCAUGGUGUCCAAAGCUAUCCGUGAGUCUGCAUCUGGUGAGCGAAGUCACACCCACCACUGUUGCGGAAUGAUGUCACAAGGGAUUGGAUUUCCAGAUUUGGACAAACUGAUGCAAGCACCGCAAGAUUUGAGCUUCCUUUUUGAAUUGCUGAGCGUGUCCCCUCCCGGUGGGUAUGAACGGGAAACAUGGCAACUGACCGAAUCGGAGAAACUAGCCUCCGUCCCACUCCUCCAAACCGAAGGAAAUGCACUCUUCUCUGGAGGGGAUUUUCGCGGUGCGGAACGCAAGUAUUUUACUGCGAUCUCCCAUCUUGAACAACUUAUUCUCAAGGAACACCCCUCCAGUUCGGAGGCGAAAGAGCUUGAGAGCCAAAAGGUCCCACUCCUCCUGAACUAUGCCCUCUGUCUCAUGAAGAGGGAUGAAGUAUACGAGGCCAUCACCCAUCUCGACACCGCACUCAAACUCCAGCCGGACAAUGUGAAGGGCUAUUUCCGCCGGGGCCAGUGCCAUCAAUCAGUCGGUGACUACAGGGAAGCGCGAUCUGACUUCGCACAAGCACUCCAGCUCGACCCUUCUCUCCAUGGAACGGUGGCUACACUGGAGCAACAAAUGGUUGCGGAACAGCGACGGAGAGAUGAGGUGGAUAAGAACAAGUACAAGAGGAUUUUUCAGGAAGAGCUAGCCGAGAAUAAAGGAGCGAAUAACAACAACAACAGCAACAACAAUUAAUUUUGACUAAACAGAUUACAUCAGAUGAUACAUCAUUCCAGAUAUUUGAAAAAACGAAUACCUUCCAUUUAACAAGAGUGAAGAUGAAGAAAUUAGUCCCACCGAACAAAACGAAAACCAAACAAACAAAGUCAGCAUUACAUCCUAACUUAAAACAUUUUAGUCCAACCAACCAAACAAAUUAUCAGUUUAAAGAUAUCCAUAAUUGAAUUAUUAUGUUAUUAUUUAUCAUUGUCUUAUUAUGAUUAUAUUGAUCAUCAUGGUUUUAAAACAUAUAUAUGUAAACAUAUACUUAUAUAGCCAAAUAGUUGCAGUUCAACCAGAGUCCAUUGACUGUGUCCAAGAAAAGAAUACAGUCAAUGGACUCCAACUAAAAGUGAAUAAAUUAUAUCAAUCUAUGCAUCAA